AUGAGAACAUACUUGCUUGUAGUGCCAAGUAAGAAGACUGAAGAGGUUAAUUGGAUCAAGCCCUUGAAUAAUUAUCUUCUUUCAAUCUAUGGGAAUACCUCCGCUUAUCAAAGUGAUCUAGAGUCCUUUUCCAAACUAAGGCAGGAUAUUAGGGGAGUCAAUGCCGAUAAUACUGGGUUGAAGCUAUAUUACAAAUACUAUAGUCAAUUAGAGGUUCUUGACUUGAAGAUUCUGUUUGCCAGCUUGAACAAGUCCAAGAAGUUGGAGUUUGUGUGGCACGAUGCCUUUGAACCAGAGAUCUCUCACUCGCAAAAUGCCUUGCCCUUUGAGAAGGCAAAUAUAUUGUUCAAUAUUGCCGCAUUGUCAACAAAGUUUGCCAAUUCUAAAUACAACGAGCUGCAAAGUUCCAAAGAUGCACUGGUCAAGGAGCUGAUUGUCAUGUUACAGCAAGCCGCCGGAAUUUACGAAUUUCUAAAUGAGAAUUUCUUACAUGCCCCAAGUAACGAUUUGGGCCAAUCGACAAUCAAGUUUUUAGGUAAAUUGGCUCUCGCUCAAGCUCAAGAAAUAUUCCUACUCAAUGUCAUCACCAAUGAUUUAGAUCAACUGAAAAACUCGUUGAUCUCAAAAUUGUGCAAGUCAGCAAGCACGCUAUACGAGGAAUGCUACGAUAUGAUCUGCCAAGAGGAGAGGGAAGCAUACACGAUUGUAGAUGAGUACGAGGAGAGGUAUUUGGAGCGUCCGGAUACGGAAGAUGACGAAACAACAAAGCCGCAAUAUGUUAGUGUCCAGUUAGAUCCAUCAUGGAUCUCGAUCAUUUAUUUCAAGAUACAUUAUUACCGGUCCUUGUCAUAUUACUUUUAUGGAUUGCAAUUGGAAACCGGUAGAAAGUACGGUGAGGCAAUUGCUUACUUGACACAAUCUAAAGCGAUUUUGGACAAUGCUGUUAAACCGAAAUCUUUAAAAGUUUACGAACUAGUAGACAAUUUGAAAUAUCACACAGAUGUAGUAAACAUAAAGCUCGGAGAGCUAAUCAAGGACAACGAUUUGAUCUAUCACGAUCCGAUAAAGAAAAACGUUAGCAUUGAUCAGUUGGCACCUAUGCAGGUGGCCAAAGCUGUUCCGCUAAAUCAAAUUCCAAUGUUGAAACAAAUCAACGAGGUUGAUUUUAGCAAUUUUUUGAACAAUGUUGUUCCAAUAAAUAUCCACGAAUUGUCAAGUUUUUAUUCGGAAGAGAAAUCGCAAUUGUUGAGAAAUGAAAUUGAUUUCUAUGAAGUUUCGAAUGAAGAAGCGGUUUCCUUACUUGAAUCGUUGAAUCUUCCAAAGGCUUUGGGUCAGAUUAAGGAAUCUCUCUUGAAGACAAGCGAUGAUCAAGAUAUACCCAGAGAUACCUUGAACAAGGUUUCUGAAAUUUCUAAAAGUUACAAUGAAGAUCAAACUCUUGAAGAGGAGAAUAUUGCUUUGAGAAAGCAUAUUUAUGAUUCAAUUACUCAGCUCAAUCAAUAUGAAAAUAGGGAUCAAGCAAUACAGCUUAAAAAGGCUUUGUAUGAGGCAUCUAAUUCAGAUAGCAAAUUGGCUUCCUUCAUAGACAAGGGUUUAUAUAAACAGUUAAGUGGAGGACCUACUUCAAGGGAGUUUUUGGCAUUAUUUAGAUCAAAUCCCGCUUCAGAAAUUAGUUUAUUGGACAUGGACGACUCUCAAGAAAAGCGAGUUGAGACUAUUGAAAACUUUUUGAAAGACUUGAAUUCAAUCAAGAUAAACAAAAGGAACUUGAUGGAGAACCUUAAAAAGGAAGUGCACGCCGACGAUAUAUCAGACAUUUUAAUAUUCAAUUCAAGGCAGAAAUCAAAUAACGAAAUAAAAACAGUUAUUUUCCCAGCAGAGUUGAAAAAGUUUCAACCUUUUAUCGAUAAGUUGGACAAUAUGAUAAGCAGAGAAAAACUUGUGCUUUCAGAUUUGAAAACCGAAUGGGGCAAAUUGCUUGCUGAUCCACAAGUGAGAAAGUUGCAGUCUUCGAAUAACUUCAAAGAGUCGGCCAGACUUGAGCUGAUUAACAAAAUCAACAAUUUCUAUAAAAACUGGACUCAGUAUCAUGCGGGAUUGAAAAAGGGCAACGCUUGGUACAAAAACAUUUAUCAGCAUUGUCGGAAUUUGUUGUUGAGUCAAUCUGAUCUUAGCGAUUCAAUGAACAAAAUGACACUCGGUGAGCACAUUCCCCCAACAACUCCUUCUCGUCAGCAUAUGUAUUCCCACACGAAUUUUACGGGUGGUGGCAGUGGUAGUGGUAGUGGUAAUGGUGGUGGUAAUGGUAGUGGUAAUGGUGGUGGUAAUGGUGGUGGUAAUGGUGGUGGUAAUGGUGGUGGUAAUGGUGGUGGUAAUGGUGGUGGUAAUGGUGGUGGUAAUGGUGGUGGUAAUGGUUUUGGUUCUGGUUUUGGUUCCUCCACCUCCAUUUCCACCAAUCAUACAUCGUUUGCAUCGCAAAAGUCACAGCAAUACACAAGAGCACCUCCACAAUUACCACCAAAGCAACAGCCUAGCACUCCCAACUUUAGCUUGCCUCAAUCACUGUUGAAUAAUGAUGCACAUUUGGUACCUUCAUGGCAACAACAACCUGAAAAGUUUAAGGAGCCUAGUAGUGAUUUGAUCUAUGAUCAGCCAUCAACAUAUGAUCCAAAUAUGUAUAAUUUUUUUUCAAAGUAA